AUGGACAGCUUGGUACAGAAGUGCAUCCAAGAGGUUGAAGCUAAGAAGAGAUCAAGCGUGCCAUGGCAGUUUGAUCACCCUUAUCAGCAGCCUUACUAUGUCUUCAACAACGCGGAGUGGCAAACUCGGGAGCCUGUCAGCAAGUCGUCACCAGGAGCAGCAGAUAUCACGAAGCUGGCACUGUACAGCUGGAACAUUGAUUUUAUGCUACCGGCAGCACAGUCAAGGAUGAACAAGGCUUUAUCCCAUCUUGAGUCUAUGGUGGCCAAGACGGACGCUUCGACGGCCACAGUAAUCUACUUGCAAGAGUGCGUCGAAUCAGACCUUCAGACUGUCUCUUCCAAUACUUGGAUCCGAUCCAACUUCGCACUCACUGACUUGAGUGGCAACAACUGGCAGUCCGGACAUUAUGGCACCAUCAGCUUGGUGGAUAAACGCCUUCCUAUAACAUCCUGUUUUCGCGUCCACUAUUCGAAGACUCGCAUGGAAAGGGAUGUCCUAAUCGUGGACGUCAGAAUCCAGCAACAAAGCAUCAGAUUGUGCAACAGUCAUCUUGAGUCUCUUGCGCUGGAGCCGCCAUUUCGGAUACCGCAAAUGAAGUUGAUUGCUGAGUACAUGCAUGACCAGUCUGUGGAUGGCGCCGCAGUUGCUGGUGACUUCAAUGCCAUACAGCCAUUCGACAAGUCUUUGCAUUCGGACAACGGCCUCAAAGAUGCGUAUCUCGAACUUGGCGGCCGCGAAGACGAUGCGAGUGGGCAUACUUGGGGCCAACAAGCUGCCACAUCCCAGAGAGAGCGCUUUGGCACCAGCCGCAUGGAUAAAGUGUAUUUUGUCGGAAGUCUUGAGCUUCUAUCAUUCGAGAAGUUCGGUGGUGAUGUAUGUGUCGAAGACCAAUCCGAACAAGACCAGAUCGUUAGUCUUGGCUUUGACAAGCCAUGGAUCACGGACCAUCUAGGCGUGAAAGCUGUGUUUGGGCUGCGUAGCAUCAAGCAGAAAAUGUAG